GAAAACACGGUUUGGGGUUUAGCCAAUCAGAGCAGAGCACUCCUACGCUCCUCCCCCCUCCUCCUUCUUCUUCUGCUGCAGCUGCUGCGUCUUCUUCUUCUGCCUUUUAUUAACAUGACUGUUACCUUCCGUCCAACACAAAUUUUCUUUGCGAAUUCUUUGCUGCUGGGUGAAUUGAUUUGUUUUUUUUUAUUAUGUAUUAUUCUUUAGUAGAACCUUUGUAAAGUCUACAACACAAGGCAGGCAGCGGCGCCAUCUUGCUUUGUCCACCAACACCGCUACGUCAGAAGACUCCGCCUUUUCCGCUCACGUGACCCGCUGGAUUGUUUGUGGUCGCGCGUCUUUCUCUCUUGGCGGUUUAAUGUUUGAGAGAAUAGUUGAAACAACUGCAGGGUCCUAGCAGAGCGCGAACAGUCGGCUUUAAUGGAGAAAAUGUGCGACGGGCCCAGAAGCAGGAGAGCUGAUAUCCAUUCCCACGAACAGGGCAAUAGGAGCAGUGUCCCGUCCCGGUGGUCCCACUGCAGGAAGAGGGGGAAUGAUGGCAGCCUGAGGCCCAACGGCGACGCAGAUGAGUGGGGAGCGGACAGCAGGCAUUCCAGUUUCACAACCCCAGAGGGCUCGGGACCGGUGUCGCGCUGCGGCCGGUCGGACUGGGGCAGCCAGAUGGAGGAAGACGAGAUGAGGCGGGACGUCCACAGAGACAUGCAGCGCUACAGGAGGAGAAUACUGGCAGCCGAGAGCACCCAGAGGGAGAGAAGGACCUCCUCCGGCUCCUCUGGGAGCUGCGACUCCAGAGAGGGAGAGAACAUGGAGACGGACGAGGCCGUGCUGCUGCGCAGGCAGAAGCAGAUCAACUACGGCAAGAACACACUGGCGUAUGACCGAUACAUCAAAGAGGUUCCAAAGCACAUGCGGCAGCCGGGCGUUCACCCCAAGACCCCCAACAAGUUCCGCAAGUACAGCCGGCGCUCCUGGGACCAGCAGAUCAAGCUGUGGAGGGUCAAACUGCACGCCUGGGACCCCCCCGCCAACGACCGCCAGGAGAAGUCCCAGGACGAUAACGACGCCGAGGAGCUGGACCUGGGCGACGUCAUGGACAUCGAGCUGGACUUCCCGACCUUAACGGACCUGCCGGACGCCCCCCCCCCUCUCCCCAUGCACAGUCUGUCAGUGGAGGAUCAGGACUGUGACGGUACUCCGGUGAAGGUUCAAAAGACAGACCCCUCCGUGGAGCCUGACAUGGCAUAGCUCAUGCCGUCCAGGAAAAGACCCGUGGAGUUGUUUGUCUACAGACUCCUUUUUGUCCCGGUCCAACACGGCGGCAGCCCCAAAACGCCGCUCUGUGGCUGGAGCCUCGGCCCCAAACCUCUGCCAGUCCGGGAUUUAGGGAUUUGUUGUUCAUUGUUCACUAGUUCUUAGUCUGUAGAUCGGGACCUACCACACAAAAUCAUCCGCUCAGGGAGUCUUGUUAUGGCAGCAUUUUACCGUUUUAAUCAAGCUUUGGGAUUGGGUGCGAAGGCGAGCACUCCUAGCACUGAUCAGUGGCCUUUGGGAACAGACGUUUGCCGGCGCCCUCCGAGUGUCAACGCGAAGUGAUCAGUAACACUUCAGCCACGUCGAAUCCAGAUGCAUACAAGUGGCCGAAGCCAAGGGUUCCUUUCGUCGAAAAGGGGAAGGGAUUUUCCUUUUCACUAACCAUUUCAGGAUCUCGCGUAAAGAGUUUUACUUCAGUUACAUUGAACUGUGUUUUUUUUAAAGCUGUUUCUUUGAGGUGGAGGACUGUCAAAUAAAAUAAAAAAGAAGUUGCUUAUAUUGUGUGCUUGUUCCUAACUUGAUUGUAGCUCUUUUUGGAGGCAAAUAUGAUUCAUCGGCUUAGUGCAGAGCUUUUGCAGAUAACAUUUUUAAUGAUGAAUCCUUUUUAUAUUAAUUGUGUACACUGAGAAAUGUUUGGAAUAAAAUGUUAGC